CAUUUAAAGUCUGUUUACCGUUUUACGCACUGAUUUAACUACUUUCGCUAACGGGAUGUCAUGUGCGGAGGAGACUUUUACCGAUCAAUGUAACAAUGAUCUUAAAAAUGGUCUGAAAGAAAACUCAUUCUCUAAACUUGAUAAGAAUGAAAAAAAGAAUAUCAUAAAAAAUGCAGUAGUUUGCACUCUAGCUUAUUUUCUUCUUUUCACGAGCUACGUUGGACUAAGUAUCAUUCAAAGCGCUAUAAAUGGAACUGUUGGAACAAUUGGAUUAGGCGUCAGUUUUGCUACAUCAAUAUUAGGAUGUUUGGCUUUAUCACCUCUGUUUAUAAAGCUUUUAGGUUGUAAAAUGACUAUGGUAAUUGGAUUUUUUGGCUUUACUACAUGGAUGAUUGCAAACUACCAUGUUGCAUAUUAUACUGUUAUACCGGCUGCAAUAAUAAAUGGUUUGGUCUUUGGACCAGUCUUUUCAGCGCAGGCUGCCUAUUUUACUGAUCUAGGUUUAAGGUAUUCGAUGAUCACAAAAAAAAAUGCCGAUGAAGUUAUAUCGUUAUUUUUUGGAGUAUUUUUUUGUUUCCUUUUAUUAGGAACAUCGUUUGGAUGCUUCUUGACUUCUGUGAUAAUGAAUAGUGGCGGAGGCGGAUCAUCUGCUGAGACUAUUCCUGGUACAAUACCAAUGAGCUUCAAUGAAACUUUAUUAAAUUCAACAAUGACUCCAUUUGAAACAACAACAGCAGCUGCUCCAUAUCGAGGACCCUUGCCUCAUUGUGGUGCUGGUUUUUGUCCCGCACCAGUGAAUGAAACAGCUGCAGGAGAUGGACCUGCACACGGAAGAAUAAUGGUGUUAGUUACCGUUCACAGUUGUGAAGCGCUUUUUGCUGGCUUGCUUAUACUAUUCUUCGUUGAUAAAGAAAAUAAAAUAGCUGAAGACGAUGGCAAAAGUGUUUUAGACAAUAUAAAAACUAGUGUUGCGGUGACGUUUAAACAAAUCAUACGAGCUAGACAAUUAGCGAUGACGUUCCUAAAUAUUUAUUCAGGAAUGAGUCAAAGCUUUGCUCUGGCAGACUUGACUUUAGCGUAUAUAGGUUGUUCGCUGGGGAGCGGGGUUAUGGGAUAUGCACUUAUGACUUAUGGUAUGACUUCGUGUAUUAUUUCGCUAGUUUGUGGUUUUAUAAUGGAAAAAGUCGGUCGAGUUUAUGUCUUUACAGCAUGUUUCGUUGUACGACUAGCGACUAUAACCUUUCUGCUAUUGUGGGUGCCAGAUUCUACAAAGGGAGCAGUAUUUUUUAUAAUACCAUCUUUAUGGUCUUUAGGUGAUGGAAUUUUCAUUUCACAAAUGAAUGCAAUGUACGGAAUAAUGUUCAGUGACAAUCCUGAAGGAGCCUUUUCAACUUAUAGAUUCUGGGAGGCUGUUGGCAUGGUCAUUGGAUAUGUUUAUACAACAUUAAUUUGCGUUUCGACCAAAAUUUACAUUCAAUUAGUUAUAUUUAUUCUUGGUGUAAUUGGUUAUUACAUUGGAGAAUACAUGCAUAAAAGAUAUUUGGAGACUCAUACACAGAAUGAUGAAGAUGUUGAUCCUGACAGUGCUAAACCCCUUGACAAAAGCUUAAGUAAUAUUGUUUAUACAGUUGAAGAAAAAGAAAGUUCAAUGUAAAACUUUUAUAUUUGAUUGUUACUAUUAGAAAUUAGUGAGAAGUAAACAUCUAUACUUAGAGAUAAAUAUGUUCUUGUUAUAUCUUUUUAAAUAUAUUUCCCAUUCGUUCUUUACUUUCUUCAUAAUCUUCAAAAAUUUCCCUCUUUUUCCAUUCAAAUUGAGCGAAAAAUACACGUAUAGGGGGCGUAACUGUUUAU